AAGCUUGACUGGAAUUUUUGUCAGGAAAGAUGUCUCGAAUUGACAUUAAAAAACCUUCCCUCUGCACCACUGGUCCUUUAACUAAGGAGGUGGUCAGCCAGGCUGUCUCCACAUUUGGUAAGAUAACAAGGUCCUGCUAUGGCCCCACAGGUAGGCUUAAACAAUUUCACAAUGGCAUGGGAGGAUACAUUCGUAUUUCAUCACAAUCUUCGGUUUUGUUCAGUAGCCUUUGUGUCACUCUUCCCGUCUUAAAGCUUCUGGUAGCCUCUGUGCAGAACCACCUUGCGCUCUUCGGGGACAGCGGCUUAUUUACGGCAAUUUUUUGCUGCAGCUUGCUUGAAAAAUACCAAAGCCUGAAUAUUGCUGCGUAUACUUUCAUUAAAAUUAGCAAACAUAUUUUGAGCCUGUGCGUUGACUACCUUUCAUCUGAAGCCUGUGGUUGCCGGAUACCAGUGGAUUUCAGUAGUUCUAAGCUUCUCCUUAGCCUGGUGCGCAGUAUCAUAUUGAGCAAACGGGCCUGCAUGCUUAGCAGGAAGGAAGCCGAUCAUAUCAGUAUUUUGGUGUUGAAGGCCUUUCUGUUUACAAUCCCCCAAAACGUGGAUUCUACUGCUGUGUUAGGAAAAUGCCAUUACGUAUCUAUAAAAAAUAAGAGAGUUAUGGAUUCUACUGUCUAUCCUGGACUUUUAAUUGAAAUGCCAGAAAUGCAUCUGACCCCGCCUUUCAAAAGAACUGCUUCAGGCCAGAUCAGAGUGGCUCUGUUUGGCAUGUCUAUGUCAGGAGAUUUGUCUCAUGCAGGAGAAGGAGCCAUAGCUAUCCACCACAGAGUUUCUCUAGAAGCCGAAGUGUUGGAUCAAUUACUCGGUGUAGGCAGGGAAGUAAUAAUGGAUGGUGUUGGUCUUGUGAUAUGCCAGAAGGUCAUCCACCCAACCUUGAAGCAGUAUUUAAAGGAGAACGAUAUUGUUGCUGUCGAGAGAGUUGGAAUACAAAUGAUGGAGCCCUUGCAGAAAAUGACAGGUGGCAAGCCAUUAGCAGUAAUCUCUUCUUUGUCAAUUCUCUAG